AUGUGGAUUUCUUAUCUAGAAACUUGCUUGAAUAAUUAUCUCUAUUCUGGAAUUUGGUUUCAGCAGUUUCAGAAGAUCAUAAUUCCUCAUUCUCAAAGUUCACUUAUGACAAAAAGACUAGUUGCUUAUUUUCUUAUUAAUAAAGUUUUAGAAGAAACAAUUAGAGGAGAUUAUUGUAAAAACAAAAAUAUACAAGAGCAAGCAGAUCCUACCUUGAUUCCUAAAACUAUUAUUACCUUGAAUCAGGUAGAAGCUUCUAAAUUUUCUUAUAUCGUCGGUUGGAUGCUCUUUAAGUUGAUUAAAAGAGAUUAUUUAAUGAAUUCACAUCCAAAAUUUUCAGUUAUAUGCAUUUUACUUAGAUCUCUCUGCACUGAAAAAGUUGAGUAUGAUGUAUUAGAAACAAAAUUACAAACUACUAUUAUUAUAUCCAGAUCUGAAUUUGUUCAGUUUAUGUAUCGUUUAGAAUCUUUAGUGAUCGAAUUAUUUGAAAAACAUAACGAAUUAGGAUCAAAUAUUUUGCGUUAUGUGGAAAACAGUUUUCUAACCAACCUACAUUUGAAUCAAACAUUUAUUCAAAUUUUGAAAUCUUCAAAUGGAGAAAAUAAUUCUGAAUUAGAAAAUGAGGACUGCAAAUUUAUUUAUGAAAGAUGUGUUUUAAUUUAUAUGAAAAGCCGUCAAAAAACUUGGAGGAGUGUUAAUAACUAUAUUCCAAAAAAAGGAACAGCAAGUUUAUGA